AUGAGUUUUCAAAGAGUAUCUGGACCGUUGUAUGCUAAAUAUAAAAAGUGUGAGUUCUGGUUGUCUGAGGUUGCAUUUUUGGGUCACAUUGUUACAGAUGAGGGAAUUAAGGUGGAUCCUGCUAAGAUUGUUGUAGUGAAAGAAUGGCCUAGACCAAAAAAUGCCUAUGAGGUUAGAAGUUUUAUGGGUUUAGCAAGCUAUUACAGGAGGUUUGUAGAAGGGUUCUCAAAAAUAGUCACAUCGUUGGCAGAGCUAACACGGAAGAAUCUAAAGUUUGUCUGGUCAGAUAAGUGUGAACAAAGCUUUCAAGAGUUGAAGAAUAGACUCAUAUCAGCGCCAGUACUUAGCUUGCCGACAGAAGAAGGGCAGUUCGUAGUGUAUUGUGACGGAUCAAAGCAAGGGUUAGGUGGUGUGUUGAUGCAAUCUAGUAAAGUGAUUGCCUAUGCUUCAAGACAAUUGAAAGAUUAUGAAUAA